GAUAAAGCUGGCACAAGCAUCGAUGAGCAGCCCCCUUUUGCGAUGUCCGGCGAUAACACAAUCGAAGACGACAUCGUCAUUCCGGCAGUAUUCCUGUACAAUAAAGAAGGCCUUACAUUCAUGGAACAUCUGCUUCACUAUCCGAAUGCCCUGGUACGCCUGUCUGACCGGCCUGCAAACCCAGCUUAUUUGUUCGAGAAAUUUAUCGUGGAAGGCCAGUACAGUUAUCCUACAAGGAAAAUGGAUCUUCUGGAAGUAUGUUCCUAAAAUUUCGAUAAAUCGUUCUUACCUGCGGAAUUAUAGUUGUUUCCUUGACAGCUAUUUCUCAGUUUUUAUGCGUUUUUUGCAGUAA